AUGAACUCGGCGUUCAUGACAUCGGCGCCGGGCAAAGUAAUAGUAUACGGAGAGCAUGCAGUCGUUUAUGGCAAGGCUGCCAUGGCAGCGGCCAUAUCUCUGCGCUCCUAUCUCCAUGUGACCACGCUUUCAAAGUCACAACGCACUAUUACACUCAAUUUUCCAGAUGUUAAACUGAAUCAUACGUGGAACAUUGAUGAGCUACCAUGGCCCACUUUCAACCAACCAUCGAAGAAGAAAACCUACUACGAUUUGGUGACAACCUUAGAUCAUGAACUUACAGCGGCAAUGAAGCCUCAUCUAGCAGAUAUCUCUCUUCAUGUACCUGCGGAAGAAAGAAAGAUUCAUCAAAACGCAGCCGCAGCUUUUCUCUACCUGUUUCUGUCACUAGGUUCUCAAUCAUCCCAUGGUACCAUUUAUGCAUUGCGUUCCACCAUACCCAUUGGAGCUGGGCUUGGGAGUAGCGCCAGUAUCUCUGUCUGUAUUAGUUCUGCUCUACUCCUGCAAGCACGGGCAUUGGCAGGUCCACACCCGGAUCAGCCCGCUGGAGAAGGCCAAAUGCAGAUCGAACGUAUAAAUCGAUGGGCCUUUGUCUCUGAGAUGUGUAUACAUGGUAAUCCGAGCGGUGUCGAUAAUACAGUGACAUCUUAUGGAAAGGCGGUACUGUUUAAAAGACUCGAUUACUCCAAACCACCGAAAGUUGUUCCCCUCAGAAAUUUCCCCGAACUGCCUCUACUGCUGGUGAACACUCGACAAUCACGCUCAACUGCAACUGAGGUUGCAAAAGUUGCGACUUUGAAGAAAAAUCUACCUGAUUUGACCGAACUUCUUCUCAACACAAUCGACAAAGUGACAGAGGCUGCGCAUGAUCUUCUGAAUUCUCCAGAUUACUCUCCUCACGACGUAGCAACCUCAGAGACACUUGGCUCCCUCAUGAACAUCAAUCAUGGUCUUCUUGUGUCUCUCGGCGUUUCCCAUCCAAGGCUGGACCGCAUCAGAGAGCUCGUCGAUUCAUGUGGAGUUGGUUAUACAAAACUCACCGGAGCCGGAGGUGGAGGCAGUGCUAUCACGCUUUUGAAACCUAAAGUUCAGCCCACAGCGAUGGAGGAUCUGGAAGCCAAACUUGACGCGGAGAACUUUGAACGCUUUGAAUUGACCUUGGGAACAGACGGGGUCGGUGUGCUGUGGCCAGCGGUACUCAAAGAUCAAGAAAUUGAUCUUGAAGGCUUCCUAGCGGCAGAGAGCGUAGAAUCAAUCAAAGAAUUGGUAGGAGAUCAUGCCAGCGAGUAUGGGCCCGGUUGGAAAUUUUGGAAGACCAUUGAAAACGACACGGAUAAAGAUGGAAUGGCUUGA